GCGCGGCGCGCUCACAUGACCGGGCGGGAGGAGGCGCGAUGGCGGCGCACCUGAGCUCGGGCCGCGUGAACCUGACGGCGCUGCGCGAGGCCGGGCGGCGCGAGCUGCGCGAGUUCCUGGACAAAUGCGCGGGGUCCAAGGCAAUCGUGUGGGACGAGUACCUGACCGGGCCAUUUGGGCUGAUUGCGCAGUACUCACUGCUCAAGGAACAUGAGGUGGAGAAGAUGUUCACGCUCAAGCCAGGCCGCCUGCCUCAGGCCGAUGUCAAGAACAUCAUCUUCUUCGUCAGGCCCAGGCUGGAGCUGAUGGACAUCAUCACGGACAACUUGCUCAGGGAAGACAGAGGCCGCUCUCCUCAGAGGGACUUCCACAUCCUCUUUGUGCCGCGCCGCAGCCUGCUCUGCGAGCAGUGGCUGAAGGAGCAGGGCGUGCUGGGGUCCUUCAUCCACCGAGAGCAGUACAGCCUGGACUUGAUACCCUUCGAUGGAGACCUGCUGUCCAUGGAAUCUGAGAGUGCAUUCAAGGAAUGUUACCUGGAGAGCGACCAGACAAGUCUGUACCAUGCAGCAAAGGGGCUGAUGACACUGCAGGCUCUCUACGGAACCAUCCCACAGAUUUUUGGGAAAGGCGAGUGUGCCCGGCACGUGGCUAAUAUGAUGAUCAGGAUGAAGCGUGAGUUCCCAGGAAGCCAGAACUCAAUAUUUCCCGUCUUUGAUACCCUCUUGUUGCUGGACCGCAAUGUUGAUCUGCUGACACCGUUAGCUACGCAGCUGACAUACGAAGGGCUGAUAGAUGAAAUCUAUGGAAUUCAGAACACUUAUGUGAAACUCCCUCCUGAGAAGUUUGCCCCAAAGAAGCAGGGUGAGGGUGGGAAAGAUCUCCCCACAGAACCCAAGAAGCUCCAGCUGAACUCUGCAGAAGAGCUGUACGCUGAAAUCCGAGACAAGAACUUCAAUGCUGUGGGGUCAGUGCUGAGCAAGAAAGCCAAGAUCAUCUCGGCAGCCUUUGAGGAAAGACACCACGCGAAAACCGUUGGAGAGAUUAAGCAGUUUGUCUCACAGCUGCCACACAUGCAGGCAGCAAGAAGUUCUCUAGCAAACCACACCUCUAUUGCAGAACUCAUCAAAGACAUCACCACAUCUGAAGAUUUCUUUGAUAAUUUAACAGUGGAACAAGAGUUCAUGUCUGGAAUAGACACAGACAAGGUUAACAAUUAUAUUGAAGACUGCAUAGCUCAAAAACAUCCAUUAAUCAAGAUCUUGCGUCUUGUUUGCUUGCAAUCUGUAUGCAAUAGCGGACUGAAGCAGAAGGUUCUGGACCAUUACAAAAGAGAGAUUCUCCAGACAUACGGCUAUGAACAUAUAUUGACCUUAAACAACCUGGAAAAGGCUGGACUUCUGAAACCUCAGACAAGUGGUAGGAAUAACUACCCAACGAUCAGAAAGACCCUGCGCUUAUGGAUGGAUGACGUUAAUGAACAGAACCCCAACGAUAUCUCGUACGUGUACAGUGGCUACGCGCCGCUGAGCGUACGCCUGGCACAGCUACUGGCUCGGCCAGGCUGGCGAAGCAUAGAGGAGGUUUUAAAGAUGCUGCCGGGUCCCCAUUUUGAGGAGAGGCAGCAGUUACCUACUGGCCUUCAGAAAAAGCGUCAACACGGUGAGAACCGAGUCACUCUGGUGUUCUUCCUUGGAGGUGUGACAUAUGCAGAAAUAGCUGCACUGAGAUUUCUGUCCCAAAUGGAAGAUGGAGGCACAGAGUACGUCAUUGCCACUACAAAACUGAUCAAUGGAACAAGUUGGAUCAAAUCCUUGAUGGAAAAACUGGAGCCUGCCCCUUUCUAGGGUCUGUGGUAAGAGACAGUGAGAGGCUCACAGACACAUGACUUUCUGGUCUUCUGGCAUGGCUGCUUGAACGUCAGAGAGACGACAGUGAAAGAAAUACUAGUGAGACCAGCUCAUGGUGCAGUUACCCUUGGCCCUCUCUGCACUUGUGUUCCUAUGGUUUGUGGAACUUCCUAGUAGACAAGUGGUAUUGAAAGGCACUAAUGAUGAAACACACAACGAGAGAAAGGGUUCAUGGUCUGAACUAGCCAAGAAGCACUGGGGGUGCAGGAAUCUGCACCAGUCCUUGUAUUUGGCAAAUUGCUUCUUUUUUUUUCUUUCAGUUUAGGGAUGUGAUCACUUCGUUUUACCCUCUUGAGAUGCUGAGGAGGCAGGGUAUUUUCUGUUCCUUAUUUCAUAACAAUAUUCCUAGUCUGUCUGUCUAUCUCUGGUGCCUGAUACAUGCCAGCAGUGCACUGGAUCUGUUUGUCUCUGAGAUCUGUACUCGGCUGUACCCAGGGGUCACUUUCCUGCUCAUCUUUCUGAUGAAAGCCAAGGAACUUGUGCUUCCCCCCAGCUUCAGCACAUUCACGUCACCAGGCAGCAGCAAGGGCCAGGCCACCACAGCUAAACCUGCUCACAUCCUUGACAGCUGAUUGUACAAUGGAAAGAGAUCUGCUGUAAAGGGGAAGCAGUCGUUUUUUGCCGUGUCUCAGGCAUCCAGAAUAGGAGCUGCUGAGCCUGCACUGUAACAAGCUGUCUGUUACAGUUAGUUGCCUGUAGGCCACACUCAAGUCCCCUGUCUUACAUGCUUUGGCCAAGGCACUUGUUGCGUUUCCUGCCACAACAGCUAAACCUUCGACUGUCCAUGCACACAUCUACGGCACUGACUACAAAUAGAACCGACUGUGCCCAAAUGAAGAGGGAGAGGCUUGAGCCUUUUGCUUCAAUUGCUCUCUGAAAGGAUCAGUGUGAGGUGACUUGUUUGUCCUAGGUACACCCACCUGACUCUGGAAAGCUAUUCCAGAGCACGAAUUACAUCAGUGUGGCAAGAGUUUGUUUGAAGAUACACAGACACUCCCUGCAUGGGACUCGGGCCAUAAAUAGCUACAUCAGCGACCCAGUAAACAGCAGGUCUAAAACAGACACUGUUUUCACCCCCUGUUCAGUUUAUAAACUGUGAUACUUGCUGCCACAAGCUGUUGUAGAGCUCAGAAUUAUAAAAUGGAAUUUUCCAUGGCCUUAGUGGCUGGGCCGUUAGUGCUGCUGAGCCACUGUAUGCAAGAGGCAGCUUCUGGCUCCGGAAGCCUCAGCCUUGCUAAUUGCUAGAGGCUGGGAAGGCAGAGCAUGGGCCACUGCUCGUGCCUGUGCUGCUGCCCCUCAGCCCUUUCGCUGGUCGCUGUCACUGUAUUCACAGGCUUUAACAGCAACCACUGGGGACUGUGUUUCACACUGCAUUCCAGUCUUAAAGAGUUAAAAAUUACCUAUAAAAAUAACUGCUUGCUCAUUUACCAAGUAUUUCCACUCUUAGUUAUCUGCAUAACGCAUAAUAUGUGUGUCCCCCCAAAAAAACUUCAUUUUUCCAAGUUGUUACAGUUAUGACUGUGGGGUUUGGUCUGUUGUUUUGUUUUGUAAGAGUGCCAAAUCAGACCCUUCACAGAGCCCCUCUCUCUGUUUAACUCUAGUUGGCUUAUUAGAGUAAAAAAAAAAAUGUAUUUGGUCUUUUUGUUCUGAAAGUGCUUGCUCACUCUUUUUGUCUCUGGACUACAAAAAUAAAUAAAAUAAAUCCCUGUGCUGUCAUAACUGCAUCCUUCUCCCCCUGCCCCAGGAAAACAGAAUUACUUACCUCAAAACCAUUUUUCCAACAUCUGGAUGUUUUUUCUUUAAGCACAAAUUACAUUCUGUUCUGCCAUUUAACAUACUACAUCAGAAAUAUUUAUGGGAUUUCUUGAUGUUUAAAGAAAAAUACAUUUUUAAUCAUUUGAGACUUUACUUCAGGUGGGUAAGCAACUUGCAGGCUUGUCUUACAAAAGCAAAACAUGCUGCAACUUUGACAGUUAGGCAAGCAGCAAAGGUGAAUUGCCUUGCUCUACAUUGUUUCUGCUGUUCCACCAUGAAGUAGGUGAUUUCACACUAUUUAGAAAGAAAAUCAGAUCAAAAGUUGAACAUUAUUGUGCAGAAAAACAAGAAACAAUGUGAGUCAGUGCAGUCCCUACAUGGUGUCCUUGGCUUGGCCUUGAGGGUUUUUAUAUUAUCACAGUUUACAGUUAUCCCAGUUUACAGAUCUUUCUUUGUUUUAAAUCUUAACAACUGAACUAAAUGCAAGGAAACGCACAGCAGUACUCAGGCUGGUUGGUGAACUAAGCUCAUAACACGCGAAAGCUACCCCACAAGGGAGUAAAGGAAACUAUACAAAGCGCUGAUUGAACAGCUUGCUUACCUUUUCACUUGGACCAGCAGAUGUAUGUGUGUUAAGAACACCAGAGGCAAAACUUAGUUAAAAAAUAGUUUACACUGGACACUUGGUGAGCUCUGAAUUACCAACACCACUCUGUCAAUUUUUUUGCAGCCUGCAGCUUGCACCAUAACCAAACUAGAGCCAUGUAGCCUCUCAAACUAGACAAAGUCUCUUCCUGGAACUAUUCGACAAUAACAAAAAAUAAAAGCCAUCUUGACGUUGAUUGAUUCUCUGGAGGAGCAAUUACUACUUAAUAGGCUUCCUGAGCAGCUUGAUUAUGUUCUGCUUCUGUCCAAAGCCUUGCUGACCAUGCGGGUAAUAAUUUGAUAACAAGAGAGCCUAAUUAAAUUACGGGGCCAUUUUCUACAUCAUAAUAUCUUUGUAGGUAAGAGAUUUGAUUUGCAGUACAUACUCUUCCUUCUCUCUGCUGUCUGCAUGUGUCUGGUUUACAAGCCAAAGGAAAAAAAGAAAACGUUACCCAACCUCUUCCCCAAAAAAAGACUUUCAUUUUUCACAUCUCAUUAUCGGAAAGCACUCCUGCUAAAAAUAAACCUAUAGCUUACCUCCCUCCUCCCCCACCAUGCUGCAAAGGAGCCGUAGCCCUUACUCGCUAAAAGGUAGGGAUGACUUCUUGGAUGGGCAGGGGUGAAGUGAGAGCAGUGAACUAGUGACAGUGCAGUGACCAGGCUGUCCCCAGCACUCACUGCUUUUUGGUAAACCAGCCUGACUUGGUCUGUGUCAUUCCAUCCCGUGCUGCUGAUCUGGGAUGAUCCCCAGCUCUUUGUGAGCAUCCUCCUCCUCAUGUGGCCCACAGGAGCACUGGGCUCUUAGAGAACAGAGCAAGAGGCACAACAGCGUUCUGAUAACUGCAGAAUAAAAAGUAUAAGAUGAACAACUCUUCACCAGAGUUAAAACCCCUACAUUUAAACAAAUGGAGAUUAUGACCUGGUAACAUUAAAGCCAUGGCUCUUAAACUCAGGAGCUACUGUUGACAAAAGCACUGUGGGGCAGGGGAGCUAUUCGGCACACUCCAUUCUGCUAUGCAGCACAGAGCGCAAAGGCGCUAUGUCAUGUAGUAAUCGGUCCUGACCACACCUAGUGCAUUAGUCCUCAUGUGGGCUGCAAACACAACCUCAUUACUCCUGGCCCCCGGAUGAGCAGCUCAGAACGGGAUCAAACUACAGCACAAACCGUCUGGAAGCCAGAAAUUCAAGGGACAGCUGCAGAACAAAACUAGAGGGAAAUAGGAACUUCAUGAAGUAGAGCCCAUCGUCUACCUGGCUCAGCAACCCAGGAAAGGACUCUGAACAAGCACACACAACCCCAACGUGACACUAACAACCUCCUUAGAAGGACCAGUGGCUAUUAACCCGCCUGAACACAGCCAUUUCUCCCCACAGCAGAGUCACCUCACCGGCUUUGCCGUCUCCUUGCUAAGAUUCAUCCUGUGUCCCUUCACUUAUAGACUGAGGAGGAGCACGGCCGCAGCCACCCCCAGAGAUCCUACCUGCUGCAGUAUGGGGACAGCCAUGCCCGACUCCUUCACCAUCCACUUCCUCAAGGUGCUGAAGGAGCUGCUGGCCUUCGUGCUCUUCAGUUACACCGUGCUGGUCGGAGCGCUGCUGCUUGCCGGCUGGACGACGUAUUUCUUGGUGCUUAAAUGAGAGCUUUUCUUCUGCUUCUGCAGCCACAGGCAACAGGCUCCACCGUGCAGCUCGUCCUGCGCAUCUGCUCGGCUCACAGGAUGGCAGUCCCUUCUUCCUGUGCCAACUCUGCAAGUGUUUUGUUUCGUUACUGCCUAAUCACGACUUUAUUUUCUUAUGCAAAAAGAAUAAAAAGAAAUUUUAAAAAGUA